GAAAUUCUAUUUUGAAAAAAAAUAUAAAAGUCAUAUUUUAUAUUUUUUCAAUCGAUCGGUGCUUCAAACCGUUUAGUUCCUGGCUAUCGGUCGACAUCUCAUCUUCCUAUAACCAAAGGUAUGGAGCCCAGAUCAUUUCGUGUACUAAUCCUCGUGUUUAUCUUCUUCUUUACGUUUCUGUUCAUGUAAUGAUAUAAACGGAUUCAUAAUCCUUCGAUUGAAUGAUUUCUGCGGCGUAGUUUACUUCGUGUACUGUGUACUGCUUUGAUUCACAUCAAUUUCGUGGUUCGAUUGAAGUUUUUUCGGAAAUAAAUACUCGAUUGGAGCUCCUGGGGCAAUUAACUUUGCAUCUGGUGGCACCUGCAACCAUGAAUCCAGGUGGCUAUACCGCUGAAGUUAUUGGCCUGUCCCCUCUUGCUACAGAGAAGGACGUUAGUGAUUUCUUUGCUCUCUGUGGGAAGAUUGAUCAUGUUGAGAUAGUCAGAGCUGGUGAACAUGGAAGUACAGCGUAUGUGACAUUUAGAUCUUCUCACGCUCUUGAAACAGCUGUUUUGCUCAGUGGUGCAACAAUAUUGGACCAACAUGUAUGCAUAGCCCGUUGGGGUCACUGUGAAAAUGAAUAUGACUAUUGGAAUCCGCCUUGGAAAUCUGAAGAAGCAAGUGAUUCGACCGGGCAUGGGCAAGAGGUCCAAUACUUUCCUUCUGCUGGUGAAGCUGUGACGAUGGCCCAAGACGUGGUGAAAGCAAUGGUAUCCAAAGGGUAUGUGCUAGGGAAGGAUGCUUUGGGUAAGGCCAAAGCCCUUGAUGAGUCAUAUCAAUUGUCAGCCACUGCAGCAGCCAAGGUGGCCGAUUUAGGCGAGAGGACUGGCCUUGCCAACAAGAUUUUUGCUGGGGUUGAAGCCGCUAGAUCAGUGGAUCAGAGGUUUCACAUUUCAGAGAAUACAAAAUCGGCUGUCUCGGCUACAAGUAGAACUGCUGUGGCUGCAGCAACCGCUGUUGUCGGAAGCUCCUAUUUCUCCAAGGGUGCCCUAUGGGUAUCGGGCGCUUUGAGUAGAGCAGCAAAAGCUGCAUCUGAUUUGGGCAGUCAAGGGGUCAACAAACAAUGAAUAGAGGUAUGGAGAGUCUUGUGUAAUGACUUCUUUACCCUCAAUUUCGUCGUAUUCACAUAUUACAGUUUAUCACUCGGUUGCAACAAUAUGUUGAUAUGUCCAUAAUAUGCUAGUUUCUUGCAUGCUUUUAGUAUGGGUCAUGCUGCAAUCACACUUCACAUAUGACAGUGAUGACACCAAAAUUAACACCGCUAGUGUCUUGCGUCAACGACGUGUCUCAUAGACAGUUUGCGUGAUUGUCUUUGAUAGUAUUGUCAAGUUUGGUGUCACUCGUUAGAUUAAAGUAGCAUUUUCCUU